CAGAUCGGAUAUUUCAUUUAAACGGUACAGAGAAAUUAAUAACACUUUCCAUUUUCGUUACACCACGGAGCCAUUAUGAAUCUUCCAGCUAGGUCUACUACUAGGAUCAAACAAGGUCUUAACAUUCUGAAGCGAAUGUGUCCUGAAAUACAGCCAUUACGAACUCUUAGUUUCUUGAGGCAAACUGGGCCUGAUUAUGAUGAAGAGUACACCCAUAUCAUCGUUGGAGCAGGGUCUGCAGGAUGUGUUCUGGCCAAUCGUCUAUCUGCCCGACCUAGUAACAAGGUUCUUCUCCUGGAAGCUGGUCCUAAAGAUAACUCGUGGAAAAUAAAAAUGCCUGCAGCCCUUCAGUACCCUGUAAGUCAGAAGACAUACAACUGGUAUUACCACACAGUCCCUCAAAGGCACAUGGAUAAUAGAGAGAUGUACUGGCCAAGAGGUAAGGUCCUAGGUGGAUCAUCCUCCAUCAAUGCAAUGUGUUAUGUUAGAGGACAUGCUUAUGAUUACGAUAGAUGGGAACGAGAGGGUGCUUUAGGAUGGUCUUACGCAGAUUGUCUGCCCUACUUUAAACUGUCCCAGUGUCAUGAAUUUGGUGAAGAUGACUACCGUGGAGGAGAUGGUCCUCUUCAUGUAUCUAGAGGUACUUCAAAAAAUCCAUUAUUUGAUACAUUCAUCAAAGCUGGUGAAGAAUGCGGAUAUCCAGUCACAUCAGAUAUGAAUGGAUAUCAACAGGAGGGGUUUGGGUACAUGGAUAUGACAAUAUACAAGGGUUUAAGGUGGAAUACUGCAAAUGCCUUCCUUCGAACGGGCGAUGUCCUCCAGAGAAAGAACCUUACUGUGCACCCAAGGUCUUUUGUUAACAGGGUUGUAUUCGAAGGAGAAAAAGCUGUGGGGAUUGAGUACAUUCGUAAAAAUGCUAAGCUGAUUGCCAGAGCAUCCGACGAGGUGAUUUUAUGUGGGGGUGCAGUGAACUCACCACAAUUAUUAAUGUUAUCCGGUGUUGGAAAUGCAGAUGAUUUGAACGAACUCGGCAUUCCAGUGGUUACUCACCUUCCAGGCGUUGGGCAGAAUCUCCAAGAUCACCUGGAAAUCAUACUCCAGUAUAGUUGCACCAAACCUGUGACACUAUAUAAGGCACAGUGGAAGUUUCCUCAUGUCAUGUUAGCGAUCGGUCUGCAAUGGUUUAUGUUCCAAACUGGACUUGCUGCUUCUAAUCAUUUCGAAGCAGGUGCGUUCUUCAGGAGCCGAGCAUUCAUCGAGCAUCCAGAUAUCCAGCUACAUUUCCUACCUUCAGCAGCCUUCGAUCACGGACAGGUUGAAGGAAAUUGUCAUGCAUUCCAGGCUCAUAUAAAUACACUGAGAGCAACCAGCAGAGGUUUCAUCAAACUCAAGUCACGUAAUCCCAAGGAACAACCCCUGAUUGACCCCAACUAUCUAGAGACUGAGAUUGACCGUUGGGAGCUCCGAGAAGGAAUUAAGCUCACAAGAGAGAUCUUUCAGCAGCCAGCGUUCGAUGAUUACCGUGGAGAGGAAAUCAUGCCGGGUUCUUCCGUUCAGUCUGAUUCUGACUUGGAUGCUUAUAUCCGAUCAACUGGAAGCACAAUUUACCAUCCAUCUUGCACAUGCAAGAUGGGUUCGGAAGAUGAUCCCAUGGCUGUAGUUGACCACAGUACCCGAGUCUUUGGCCUAGAGAAUCUCAGGGUUGUUGACGCAUCCAUCAUGCCCAGCGUUGUCAGCGGAAACACCAAUGCCCCAACGAUCAUGAUAGCUGAGAAGGCAGCUGACAUCAUCCUUGGUAACAAACCUCUUAAGAGAAUCAACCCACCAAUCUGGAACCCUGCAUCCCUAGAAACUCAGAGAGACUUUAUACCAAUGUCCUUAUCACAAUAACGUAAUUUAAGAAUUGGAUUUAUCUGGUUUACUCAACUACCAAAACAUUAGAUAAUGUUUUAAUGCAUUCUUUGCUCCACCACACAAAUUUUGGAAUUUUUGAGCGGUAUUCAAGUGUUAACAAUGUCAAGAGCCGUGGUGUAGUGGUUCUGACUCUUAAACAGAGGAUCGUGUGUUCGAAUCCCACCGCGGUCUAGCGUCCUUUGGCAAGGCGUUAAUCCACAAUUUGCCACUCUCGACCCAGGUGCUAAAUGGGUACCCGGUAGGAUGCGAAAUAUAUUGUAUGUUUGAUUUUGCCAGCGCCAUAAUGAAGCUGCGAUGAAUGCAAGGAAUGCUCCCCAGGGAAUGGAAAUUGUGCACUUUUCGUGCGGGAUUAAAAUGAAUCCAAUGACCGGGGUAAUAAUAUGCUGUAACGCGCUUUUAGACGGGUCAAUAUACGACCAAAAAUAGCCUUACCCGGAACAAAUUGCAACAAAUGAUUUUUCAACGGUAUUUUGUACUAUUUGACCUCAGGAAUAACAUACUAAAAAUCUACCAAAAUCCGCAUCCGGGAAAGUGGUUAUUUUCAAGAUGGCGUCCAAAAUGGCCGCCAUUCACUGAAAAUGGAUACAACUGACACAUUAUCCACCCUAGAAUACUAUUUCGGUUCAUAUUCCAUGGUCUGGGGUACAAACAUUGAUUUAGGCUAGGAUGCAUUAUGAGCCCUCCAGUGUACCAGGCAAAUCCAAGAUGGCGCCCAAAAUGGCUGCCGUAGGCUGAAAAUCCACAAUUAAUCUAAAUUAGUUUUUUAUUUAAUGGUUUUAAAGGUGAAAUAGUACAUUGAAACAAGUUACAAGGACAGCCAGUGGUCGAGUGUGUCCAAAAAUCCAAGAAGGCUUCCAAAAAAUGAGUUUAAAAUGGCUGUUGAUAAUUAAAAUGGACAUAGUUCAUUUUAUAUCCGCCUGGGACAUAAUGAUUUUGGUGUCUAGACCAUGAUUUCAAUGGUCAAAUAAGACAUUGGGAUAAGUUACAAGGACAGUCAGUGGAGUAGUAUGUUCAAAAAUCCAAGAUGGCUUCCAAAAAUGGAGUCGAAAAUUGCUGUUGCUACUUAAAAAAACCCGACAUAGUUUGCUCAAUGUCCAGAAAUAUGAUUUUUGUGUCUAUACCAUGGUUAAAUGGGUCAAAUAAUACAUUGGGGCAAGUUACAAGGAAAGUCAGUGGUCUGGUAUGUGCAAAAAUCCUAGAUGGAUUCUAAAAAUUGAUUCUGAAACGGCUGCUAAUACUUAAAGCGGACAAAGCUCAUUUCAUUUUGGCCUGGAUAUGUGAUUUUGAUGUAUAAACCACUGGUUUCAAGGGUCAAAUAAUAUAUUAGGAUAAGUUACAAGGACAGUCAAUGCUAUGGUAUGUCCAAAAAUCGAAGAUGGCGUCCAAAAAAUGGUAUUAGAAAUAUGCUGCUGAUACUUAAAGCGGAUCAAGCUCCUUUCAUAUCGGCCUGGAAAUGUGAUUUUGGUGUCUAAACCACUAGUUUCAAGGAUCAAUUAAUACGUUAGGGCAAGUUACAAGGAAAGUCAGUGGCCUGGUCGGUCAAAAAAUCUAAGUUGGCUUCCAAAAAUUGAUUCUAAAUUGACUGCUGCUACUUAAAGCGGACAUAGCUUAUUUCAUAUCGGCAUGGGAGAUGCAAUUUUGGUAUCUAAACCACUGGUUUAAGGGCCAAAAUAAUACAUUAAGACAGGUUUUAAGGCCAGUCAGUGGUCUGGUAUGACCAAAAAUCCAAUAUGGCUUCCAAAACUUGAUUCUUAAAUGGCUGUUGAUACUUUAAAGUGGCAUAGCUCAUUUUCAAUCCGCUGUGAGAUAUGAUUUCGGUGUCUAAACUAUGGUUUCAAGGGUCAAAUUAUAUAAAUGGACAAGACAAUGGCAGUCAGUGGUCUAGUAUGUCAAAAAUUACAAGAUGGCUUCCAAAAAUGGAGUAAAAAUAUGUCUGAUGUUACUUAUAAAAGGACAUAGUUUGUUUAAUAUCUGUCUGGGGAAUAUGAGUUUGGUGUUAAAAGCAUUGUUUAGAAGGGUCAAGUAAUACACUAGGGUAAGUUACAAGACCAGUCAGUUG